AUGGAAGGGAGUGAAAUCGAAGCGAUUAGUAGUGGCGAUAAUUUGGAAGAAGCCUGCCAAAUUUUACACAGCUUCUUAAAAAGAAAUGAGAAUGUGUUUAACUUUCCAAAUUUAGCGGAAACAAACAAACGGGCUUUACUUUGGACAGCUUUAUUUCAGCAUUUACAAAAUAAAGCGUCAACUUCAAUUCAUGCUCUGUGCUUAGCAACUAUCAGAGUACUAAGCCGUGACAAAUCAGACAUUGAAAGUUUAAUCUGUGAAAGGUGGAUAACUACUCUUAUAGAAAGAGCUGGUUUGUACAAUUAUGAGGAGCUUGAUGAUGAGUCUAUGGCACCACUAGACUUAAUAGAUAAAGAUGUAGCAGUGGAAGCCCUAAAAUGUCUUUGCAACUUAACAUUUAAUAGUGAAGUGGCUAGAGCACACUGUGCUCACACUUCAAUUGCCCAGGGAUUGAUUGCUCGAGUAAGAAUUUACAAAGAGAUACCCUUCAAAGAGGAAAUUAUGCUUUUUGACAUGAAAUUGCUUUUUAUUCUAACUGCUUUGAGGCAGGAUAUUAAAAUGAAAAUAAGAGAUGAGCUUCAUGGCAUGGAGUAUUUAACCAAUUGUUUGAAUGAGAUCUUGUCAGAAGUCACAACUAAAGUUGAUGGUGAAGCUUCAUGUGGCAGUAAUUUUAAUGAAGGAGUUCCCAAUGAUUUCCUGCAGGACAAUCAUUUGGCUAUAACAUGUGAAAUACUGAAGACAGAGUUCAACCUGAUUCUGCAGUCUGGGUCUGAGGAACCAGCUAAUGAAGCUGAGGAAGCUAUGUACUUGAAAUUAAUGCCUGUGCUCACUGCUCUACUUUAUGUUUUAUGUAGCACUGAAGAGAAAGUAAUGGAGUUAAGGAGUAAUAUUGCUAAUUUGUUAACAAGUGUACCACCGAUGUUUUAUCAAUAUCUUACUCCAUUGUUGAACAAGGGUGAGCAAGCUCAAUACGAAUUUGAUGCACGAAAUAUGGAUGCAUUGCAGGCACUUAUAUCAUUACUGCAGUACAAAUUGACUUUCACUACAAGUACGAAAAAUCAGUAUGAGAAUUUGUCACCAAUUUUAACUGUUUUGAAUAAAAGUGCUCGCGGUUGUCGCUAUCAGAGGAAAUAUCUUCGACAAGCGGUUCUUCCUCCGUUGCGCGACGUAUCUCGUCCGCCUGAGAAGGGCAACACGCUCAGAAACCAACUGUGCAGGCUCCUUACUACUCCUGUUACGUCAGUCAGAGAUUUGGUUGCAGAAUUUUUAUUUAUUUUGUGCAAGGAAAAAGUGGGUCGCAUGGUGAAAUACACGGGUUUCGGCAACGCAGCGGGGCACCUAGCUCAGAAGGGUUUGUUGAGCGGAGGGCGCGGCGCGCAAUACUCAUCCAGUAGUGACGACUCGGACACCGAAGAGUAUCUAGAGGCCCAGCCACAUAUUGAUCCCGUAGUCGGUUGCACCAGGCCUCCGAGACUGAACCCCUUUGAAGGCAUGACUGAAGAACAGAAAGAGUACGAGGCAAUGAAGCUGGUGAAUUUAUUCGACAAGAUGGUGUCCGAAGGAGUGGUGAAGCCAGCACGCAUCGGCCCGGACGGUCGUCCGCAAGCCGUGGAUCACGUUUUAGAGUUGAGAGACCAUCCUCCCAAUAGGCCGCAGUCUUAA